GGUCCCGACUGCAGAGCACCCACCAGGCACAGGCCGUCCUCCCCAAAACGGGGGCCCCGACGGCCACCGCGGCCCCCCCGAAACCUCAGGCAGGGCUGGAGGAGUCGAAAUCCUUCGCUGUGGGGAUGUUUUUGGGGCGUCUCAACACGGAGCAGGUUUUCCCCUACCCCUCAGUGCUGAGCGAGGAGCAGGAGCAGACCCUGCGGGAGCUCGUGGACCCCGUCAGCCGCUUCUUUGAGGAGGUGAACGACCCCUUCAAGAACGACGCCCUGGAGCGGGUGGAGGACGAGACCCUGCGGGGGCUCAAGGAAUUGGGGGCCUUCGGGCUGCAGGUGCCCCCCGAGAUGGGGGGGCUGGGGCUCAGCAACACACAGUACGCGCGGCUGGUGCAGAUCGUGGGGCAGCACGACCUGGGCGUGGGGAUCACGCUGGGAGCCCACCAGUCCAUCGGCUUCAAGGGGCUGCUGCUCUACGGGACCCCCCAGCAGCGGCAGAAGUACCUGCCCCGCCUGGCCACCGGGGAGUGGAUGGCCGCGUUCUGCCUGACGGAGCCGGGCAGCGGCUCGGACGCCGCGUCCAUCCGGACCCGCGCCACGCCCAGCCCAUGUGGCACCUUCUACACCCUCGAGGGCACCAAGAUCUGGAUCAGCAACGGGGGCCUGGCCGAGCUGUUCACCGUGUUCGCCAAGACCCCCAUGCGGGACGAGGCCACCGGCGAGAGCAAGGACAAGAUCACGGCCUUCAUCGUCGAGAGGGGCUUCGGCGGCGUCACACACGGCCCCCCCGAGAAGAAGUUGGGCAUCCGGGCGUCCAACACGACCUCGGUUCACUUUGACGGCGUUCGAGUCCCGGCCGAGAACGUGCUGGGACCGCCCGGGGGAGGCUUCAAGGUGGCCAUGAACAUCCUCAACAACGGCCGCUUCGGCAUGGCCGCCGCCAUGGCCGGCACCAUGAGGGGCCUCAUCGGCGCUGCUGUCUCCCACGCCACCGACCGCACCCAGUUUGGGGCCAAAAUCCACCAGUUCGGGGCCAUCCAGGAGAAGCUGGCGCGGAUGGCUCUGCUCCAGUACGUCACUGAGUCGAUGGCUUACAUGAUCAGCGCCAACAUGGACCGGGGGGACCCCGACUUCCAGAUCGAGGCGGCCAUCAGCAAGAUCUUUGGCUCGGAAGCGGCCUGGGAAGUGGCCGACGAGUGUAUCCAGGUGAUGGGCGGGAUGGGCUUCAUGAGGGAGCCGGGGGUGGAGCGGGUCCUGCGGGACCUGCGGAUUUUCCGCAUCUUCGAGGGCACCAACGACAUCCUGAGGCUCUUCGUGGCCCUGCAGGGCUUCCAGACCCUGGGGGUGCAGCUGAGGGGGGUCCAGGCGGCCCUGAAGAACCCCCUGGGCAAUGUGGGGGUCCUGACGGGGGAGGUCACCCGCAGGCUCCGCAGGAAGGCCGGGCUGGGCUCGGGGCUCUCCCUGCAGCACCUCGUGCACCCCGACCUGAAGGACAGCGCCCAGCAGACGAUGCAGUGCCUGGAGCUGUUCGCCGAGACGGCCGACGCGCUGCUGCUCAAGCACGGCAAGAGGAUCGUGGACGAGCAGUUCGCCCUCAAGCGCGUGGCCGACGCCGCCAUCGACAUCUACGCCAUGGCCGUGGUGCUGUCCCGGGCCUCGAGGUCGCUGAGCUCGGGGGUCCCCACGGCCCAGCACGAGCGGCUGCUCGCCAGUACCUGGUGCCAGCAGGCCCACGAGCGGGUUUUGGGGUCCCUUCGGCCUCUUCCCGGACGGAACUUCCGGAGCCUUCGGGACCUGGCGGGGGCCGUGGUGGAGAGCGGGGGGGUCGUGGUGCCCACCCCCCUGGGGUUCUGAGACCCCAAAACCCCCUGGGCUUCUGAGACCCCAAAAACAUCCCCCAAAACCCCCCUGGGGUUCUGAGACCCCACAAAUACCCCCAAAACCCCCCUGGGGUUCUGAGACCCCAAAAACCCCCCCAAAACCCCCCUGGGGUUCUGAGACCCCAAAAACACCCCAAAAACACCCCUGGGGUUCUGAGACCC